GGGAUUGGUCAAAGCAGUCACAGGAUGAUGGGAAGUACAGAGAAAAAAAUAGACUGAAACCGUUUCUGCCAUUCAGGAGAGCAGCUGCAGCUUCUGUGAGAUUUGAACUAUACAAUUAUGAGUGAGUCACUGGUCGUGUGUGAUGUGGAUGAAGAUCUGGUGAAGAAGCUGAAGGAGUUCCGCUUCCGGAAGGAAACCAAUAAUGCGGCCAUCAUCAUGAAGAUUGAUAAAGACAAGCAGCUCGUUAUUCUUGAUGAAGAGUAUGAGAAUAUAUCACCUGACGAGCUAAAGGACGAACUGCCUGAGAGACAACCCAGGUUCCUCGUCUACAGUUAUAAGUAUCAACACGAUGACGGACGCGUGUCCUAUCCUCUCUGCUUCAUCUUCUCCAGUCCAGCGGGGUGUAGACCGGAGCAACAGAUGAUGUACGCUGGAAGCAAAAACAAGCUGGUGCAAACGGGGGAAAUGACCAAGGUGUUUGAGAUCAGAAACACAGAAGACCUAACAGAAGAAUGGCUUAGAGAGAAACUUGGUUUCUUUCGCUAAAGUCGCCUCAUCCAGAGGUUUUGGGAUGAGGGGAGGGUCCUGACUGCACAACCCGCAUCAUCUUUCAAGAAGAACACACUACGGAUGUUACCUUCCUGUCUGGGUGGACCUGAUUUAAAUAGUCUUUGCAAAUAUUAUGACGUUGAAGGCUAAAUUGGUGGGGCUGGGGAUGCUUUUAUUACAAUUGAGCGUGUGCCAGAAGGUUCAGACAAUCACAAGAGUUUGAGUACUUCAAGCUCUUGUUUGAUUGUCAACAAUCGCGGCACUAUCUAAACCUCGUCCAUCUGGCUGCCUUUGUCUGCAAGUGCUAUUUGACUCAGGCCUACUUUUGCCUCCCAUACCAUCUCUCCAUGUGCCAGUGAUGUGUCUGUACUGAAAUAACACUCCCAUUGUUCUUAAAAGUGAACAGAAAUGAAAACUCAGCCUCUCCGAAGCAUGUUCUUGCAGGAGAAGCUGGCGUCUCCAUGGCAACAGUUUGUUUCCUUAAGAGGUUUACGCUCAACUUUCUCUGUACCUGACCCUCCUCGUUUGAUCUGUUUCUACCUUUAUUAUUUUUUCAUGGUUUUUGAAAGUCUUCUUGUCUGAUCUUUUAUUAUUCUUAUUAUUAUUGUUUCUGGUGUGUUUUAAAUUAGAUUUAUGUCGAAUUUAGAGCAUUAUUUGGUUUCUACUUCCUACCCGAUCUUUUGAAUAGUUGUAGCUAGAAUCCAGAAAACACUACUGAGGUCCUCCAGUAUUCAGCCAAGGGGAUUUAAAUGAUGAGGUGCAUACGGUAGUUACGUCCCCAGAAGACGCAAACAAUAAUACUCGCGUGUAGCGAGGUAAACUAAGCACAUUAACAAGAAACUGUGGCUGCAAGUAGUCGGCGCCUUGCCAAAGUCUUCACACCUAUUGAGCUUUUUCACAUUUUGUCACGUUAUAAACGCCGUUUCUUCAAAAAUGUUCUCAAACAAACCUUUGAGGGCUUCACGGAACAGCUGUAAUUACUCUGAGAGUAAGCAACACAGGGCUAUUUACUCAUGAAGGGACCAUGGGAGAUUUUAUUUAGGGGUAUAGGUGUAAAAGCUGAAUUGAUACGCAUGCACGCCAAACUUUUCACGUUUCACUAAAAAAAUAAUUCUUGAAAAAUCAUGUAUUGUCCUCCUUCUGCUGCUCAAUUCUGCUCUUCUUUGUUGGUCUAUUACAGGGGUCUGCAACCUGCAGCUGCGGAGCCACAUGUGACCCAUAAGGUCCUCCGCUGUGGCUUUUAAGAUGAUAGACAUUUCAGCAAUGUCUACAAAUGUAGACGUAAUAUUCAGGCUCUUAUCUACACACAAUGUCUACAGGAGAAUGAUACCAACGGUACAUGGAGUAUUUUGAAAUGCUUUAUUUUUGGUUAUCAGUCUCCAGAAUAUCUUUUUCUCACUCUUCUAAAAAAUAUAUAUGGAACGUUCUUUUAAAAACAGGAAUUAUUUUAUUCCUUAUAAUAAACCAUGUAAAGAGUGGAAGUGAUUCUUUCUGGAAAAACAAAUCGAUCUUAUACAGUAGGUGCCCAUGAAACUUGAGUUAUUUUUAUUGUAAUUUGGGUUGUGCUGCUCUAGAGGAAUUUUAUUUAGUAGGAGCAAGAGCAAAAGAGGCUAGACCCCUGGCCUAUCACACAGUGAAAUAAAUUGCAGUCUGUGGUUAUAAUGUUACAUGAUAUGGAAAAGCUCAAAGGUUCACUUUUGCAGAGCACCGCAGCCUUUUUGGUUUGACAAUAAAUGAUUUUCAUUCCUGCUUAAAGAAAACAAUCAUGAAUUAUGAGUAAUGUCUUUGACCGGCGUUAUUUGUUACACGGUUAUAACCAGGGUGCAACAUUUUCAGAAACAUUCCAAACACAAAAACCUUCUUUCUUCCAACAAAACUCUAGCGACCACGAUGGUUAUAACAACAGUGUACACAGGGUGGUCAUGUCUGCCCCCGUUUUUAAAUCUUUCUGGGUUAUCGUCUUUUUAUGGGGAGAUUGUCGGCUAUUAUUGUGCGUUAGAACUCCUAUUGUUAUACUGAAUGUUGACUAAUUCUCAUGUAAAUCCGCUUUUUUUUUUUGCUUUGUGUUUAAUGCAGCCUUAGGAGUAAUGUAAUGGUGCAACUCUUCAGAAUGAUGUUUGUGCUUCUUAUUUUGGAUGUGAUGGCUUCCUCAUAUUGACAUUUUUAGUAAUAAGACAUGUAUUUCAAGUCCUGCAGGGAUGGGCGAGGAAAAUCCUGGUUAGUGGGUGGCUCAGGAUGAUUUCUGAUUCUUAUUAAAAGCGUACCAGCUCGG